AUGGACACCGACGAUGUGGUGCCCUUGCUGUCCCAUUUUACGCUGCAAGUUGUGGGAGCCAUAACAGGUGACAUCAUUUGUACAGUGGACGCCGAUGGAUCCUGGUAUUUACAAGAUUUGAAAGUUGCGAUUCAGCAGGAGUCUGGCAUACCUACUCACGAGCAAAGGCUGCUACAAGUUGGAGGAAAGCCCAUAUCCAACGAGGAGAGACACCUGUCUGAAAUCCUGAAAUGCCACAGUGAAUGGAAGGGUUCCCCCAGGGUUUCCAUCGGCCUUGUUCGGGCGGAUGCUGAAAGAACAGCUGCCCUGGAGCACUUGGCAAUUGGUGGUUCCCUCACUCAGCUGAAGGAGAGUUACCGAGGCGACCCUGAAGUUGUCCUCACCGCGGUGCAGAACAACGGAAGCGCCUUCCGGCACGCGUCGGACCGCUUACGGAGCGACAAGGACUUUCUGCUGGCUGCAAUUGAGCGGAGCUGCGAUGUCCUGUGCUACGUCUCAGAUGAGUGGAGAUGGAACCGGGACUUUGUCCUGGAAGCCAUCCAUCGCAAUGGCACAGCUCUCUGCUAUGCAUCGACGGAACUUCGGAGUGAUCGGAACUUCAUUCUGGCAGCUGUGGAGCGUAAUGGCAUGGCAUUAUGUUACGCGGACAUGGAAUUGCGAAGAGAUCGAAGCUUCGCGCUUUUAGCCGUCCGCAAAAGUGGCCUGGCGCUUCGGUACGUGUCUGAGCAACUGCAGCGCGAGCGGGACUUCGUCCUCUCCGCGGUUCAGUCGAACUCCGAGGCCCUUCGAUAUGCGGAUGAAGAUUUCCGCUGCGAUCCCGAGCUCGUCCUCGCCGCGGUCCAGAACGACGGCACCGCGCUGGGCUUCGCCUCGGAGGCGCUGCGCUCGGACCCGCCCUUCGUGCGGAGGGCGCUGCAACGGAACGGGGCGGCGCUGCCGUACGUGGCGCAAGACCUCAGGGAGGACCGGCAGUUCCUGAUGCGGGCCUUGAUGCUGAAUGGCGAAGCCUUGAAACACGCUGCAGAAGAGUUUCGACGCGAUCCGGAAGUUGUCUUAAGAGCUGUAGGCAGCACUGGAGCCGCCAUGCGUUAUGCGUCGCAAUCCUUGCAGCUGGACCAGAGCUUCGUCCUUCGAGCUGCGGAGACCAAUGCUGCUGCCCUGCAGUAUGUCAUGGAAGACUUCUGGCACAAGAGAGACUUCAUCAUGAAGGCUGUGGAGGUCACCGGCUCGGCCCUGCGAUUCGUGAGCCCCGAGCUCCUGACGAGCCGGGACUUCCUCAUCGCCGCGGUGCGAAGGAACAGCUCAGCCCUUCACUUUGCCCCGGAGGAGCUCAGAGGGGACCAGGAGGUUGUGCUGGCAGCAGUCCAGGUCAACAGCCAAAUCCUGAACAGCGUAGAUGAGGGCUUCCGACGCGACCGGGACUUCAUACUUUCUGCUGUUCAAAGGAAUGGCACAGCCUUGGCGUAUGCAGAGGCAGGCCUUCGUGCCGACAGGGAGGUGGUUUUGGCUGCAGUACAAAGUGAUGGGGCCGCUCUCUCAUUUGCCUCUGAGGUCCUGCAGGCAGACCGAAGCUUCGUGCUUGCGGCUAUCGGUCGCAACAGCAAGGCGCUUCUAUUCGCUGCACCUGAAUGGCGCGAAGAUUUCUCCUUUGCCCUCGAGGCAGUUGGAAGGAACGCAUCAUCGCUGCUCUUCCUGCCGCUCUUUCAGGAGGAUCAUGAGUUCCUCCUCGCAGCCGUGGCGCGAAAUGGAGACACUUUUCGGUAUGUUGACGAGCUCUUUCAGAAUGAUCAGCAGCUGAUUCUUGCAGCAGUGGAGUCUGAUGGGGCAGCCCUGCGCUACGUGGACGAAGCGCUGCGUGGCGACCGGGAGUUUGUGCUCAAUGCCCUGCAAAGAAAUGCGGAGGUGUUGCCGUACGUUGUUGACUCCUUGCGAGAGGAGCCAUCCUUCAUGCUGCAUGCUCUACAACGGAAUUCACGGGUGUUUGAAUUUGUAGAUGCCAACCUGCGGCGCAACUCGGACUUUAUGCUACAGGCUCUCCAAGCCAACAGCAACAUCCUCCAGUCCGUCAGCAGCGACCUGUGGGAGGAUUCCGACAUGCAUGUGCCAUUGGUUUGGGGCUUUGGGUUUCGGGCUUCGGCAGUACAUGGAUGGAGGAGGUCUUGCACCACGUAA